AUGGCCGCAAGCGGAGAGAUACAGCCAGAACAACAACAACCACAAUCGCAGCAACCCCGCGAUAUUGGAGACGCUGAAAAGGCCGAGUUCUCACGCUCUGACUUGCGGGGAAGCGGCUCUAUCGAUAAUAGCAAUGCAAAUGACACCAGCACCCCAGUUGAGCGCUGGAAUUAUCCUCGCUCCAACAUAGUCAAGACAGCCGCAACGUUCUGGGCGUUCCUGGUCAUGGGCGCAAACGAUUCAGCAUAUGGACCUCUCCUCCCAUACCUCGAAGAUCACUACAAUCUUUCCUACACAGUCGUUUCGCUCGUCUUUCUCUCCCCGAUAGGCGGAUAUACCCUGGCAGCAGUAACAAACAACACGCUCCACCAGCACCUCGGCCGGCGCGGCAUCGCCUGGCUCUCGCCUGGCUGCCAUCUCCUCGCCUACGUCGUCAACUGCGUGCACCCCCCGUACCCCGUGCUCGUUGUGUCAUUCAUCUUCGCCGGACUAGGGAACGGGCUCGCGGAUUCCGCGUGGAACGCCUGGAUCGGGAACAUGGAGGAUUCAAACCAGAUGUUAGGGCUGUUGCACGGCGUUUACGGGCUCGGCGCCGUGAUGGCGCCGCUUGUUGCGACGAGCUUGAUUACCGAGGCCGGAGUGGGCUGGUACUAUUUCUAUUAUAUCAUGGUCGCCUGCGCAGCAAUCGAACUAGCAUCCUGCCUUUGGGCCUUCUGGGACUCCGACGCCGCGGCCUUCAAAGCUGAGUCCGAACGCACCCAGACAACCGACCCAGACGAGCAAGGCGGCGUCCGCCGCGCCCUCUUCAUCCCCAAGUACGCAAGAGUCACCUGGCUCCUCUCGUUCUUCCUGCUCGGGUACGUCGGCGCCGAAGUCGCCAUCGGCGGGUGGGUCGUAACCUUCCUCAUGCGCGUGCGCGACGGCGCAGAAUUCGCCAGCGGCAUGGGCUCAACGGGGUACUGGCUGGGCAUCACAGUCGGCCGGGUGGUGCUGGGCUUCGUGACGCCGCGAAUCGGCGAGAAGCUAGGCAUCGCAAUCUACCUGCUCCUGUCGAUUGCGUUCGCGCUGAUCUUCUACCUCGUGCCGAACUUCUAUGCGUCCGUCAUCGCCGUCUCGUUCCAGGGGUUCUGGCUUGGCCCGAUGUUUCCCGGGGCUGUUGUUGUCGCUACGAGGUUGUUGCCCAGGGCGCUGCAUGUUAGUGCGAUUGGCUUUGCGGCGGCGUUUGGGGCCAGCGGUGCGGCGGUCUUGCCGUUUGCUGUUGGGGCUGUGGCGCAGGCGAGGGGCGUUGAGGUGCUUCCGCCUUUUGCGAUUGCGUUGUCGGGUGGGAUUUUGAUCCUUUGGUGUGGGUUGCCGAGGAUGGGAAAGCGGUAG